AGAGGCAACACAUCUCUCCACCAUUGUCAACUAAACAUUACCCCUCCACCCCUCUUGUUUUUCUUCUAUUUGUUUGUACUAUUCAUUCAUUUCUUUAUUCAUUUCUGCUUCUAUUCCUUCAUCUGCACAACUCUUUUUCCCAUUUCCCAUCAAUUUCUUCUUCUUCUUCUCUUCAAAAGUAGUACAAGUCUUCAAGAGAAAAGGGGCAAAAAGAAAGAUGGGUAUUUUGCCAAGAAACACAGGUGGGGGAGGAGGAAUAGUAGCUGUUGAUAUGUUAAGCGAAAGAGCAACAAUGAUGAGAGAAUCAGUACAGAAAAGUCAGUCGAUUACUGAUAACAUGGUUACUAUAUUGGGUUCUUUUGACCAUCGUCUUUCUGCUCUAGAAACUGCUAUGCGUCCCACUCAGAUUAGGACUCAUGCUAUCCGGAAGGCUCAUGAGAACAUUGAUAGGACUUUGAAGGCCGCGGAUGUGAUACUGUCCCAAUUUGAUCUUUCUCGUCAGGCGGAGGCGAAAAUACUUAAAGGCCCACAUGAGGACCUAGAAAGUUACCUUGAAGCAAUUGAACAACUGAGAAACAAUAUUCGCUUCUUCAACAACAACAAAAGCUUCAAGAGUAGUGAUGGAGUGCUCAACAAUGCAAAUAGUUUACUUGCUAAGGCUAUUUCAAAGCUUGAAGAGGAGUUUAAGCAGCUUUUAUCAUCUUACAGCAAACCUGUUGAACCGGAACGUCUUUUUGAAUGCCUUCCAAAUUCAAUGCGACCAUCAUCUGGAUCACCGGGAGAUCAGGACUCUAACAGUAAGAACCAUUUGCCCAGUAGCCAUGGUGAGCAUAAUCAUGGAACAGAUAAUACCGUCUAUACACCACCAACUCUUAUCCCUCCAAGGAUCCUGCCGCUAUUGCAUGAUCUUUCCCAACAGAUGGUUCAAGCUGGUCAUCAACAACAGCUGGUAAAAAUAUACAGGGAUAUGCGUUCUCCUGUUCUGGAAGAAAGUCUUCGCAAGUUGGGAGUGGAAAAACUUAGUAAAGAUGAUGUUCAGAAGAUGCAGUGGGAAGUUCUCGAAUUUAAAAUUGGCAAUUGGAUUCAUUUUAUGCGGAUUGCUGUCAAAUUGUUAUUCGCGGCUGAGCGGAAAGUUUGUGAUCAAAUGUUUGAAGGAUUUGAGCAGAUCAAAGAUCAAUGCUUUGCUGACGUUACGACUGGGAGUGUUGCUGUGCUGCUUAGUUUUGGUGAUGCAAUUGCCAAAAGCAAAAGAUCACCGGAGAAGUUGUUUGUGCUUCUAGAUAUGUAUGAAAUAAUGAGGGAACUUCACUCAGAGAUUGAGCUACUUUUUAGAGGUAUAUCUUGCAUUGAAAUCAGGGAAUCUGCUUUUGGUUUGUCAAAGCGACUUGCUCAGACAGCCCAAGAAACCUUUCGUGACUUUGAAGAGGCUGUUGAGAAAGAUGCAACGAAAACUGCCGUCUCAGAUGGAACUGUCCAUCCCUUGACGAGCUAUGUCAUUAAUUAUGUGAAGUUCCUAUUUGACUACCAAUCAACAUUGAAACAACUAUUCCAAGAAUUUGAAAAUGGAGACUCAAAUUCUCAACUUGCUGCUGUCACAAUGCGCAUAAUGCAAGCUCUUCAAACCAAUUUGGAUGGGAAAUCCAAGCAGUAUAAGGAUCCAUCUCUGACUAACUUGUUCCUUAUGAACAAUAUUCACUACAUGGUCAGAUCUGUUCGGAGGUCUGAAGCCAAGGAUUUAUUGGGUGAUGAUUGGGUUCAAAGACACCGGAGAGUUGUACAGCAACAUGCUAAUCAAUAUAAAAGAAUUGCUUGGUCAAAGAUUCUGCAAUGCCUCUCGAUUCAAGGGCUAACAUCAUCUGGGGGCAGUAACUCUAUGGGUGUAGAUGGGCAAAAUAGCAGUGGAGUUUCAAGAGCACUUGUAAAAGAAAGGUUGAAGACGUUCAAUAUUCAAUUUGAGGAUCUUCAUCAAAGACAAAGUCAAUGGACAGUCCCGGACACCGAGCUACGAGAGUCCUUGAGGCUUGCAGUUGCUGAAGUCUUACUGCCUGCAUACCGAUCUUUCAUCAAGCGCUUCGGGCCCAUGGUUGAGAGCGGUAAGAACCCCCAAAAGUAUAUCAGGUACUCUGCUGAAGAUCUUGAACGUAUGCUUGGUGAAUUUUUCGAGGGUAAGACGUUGAAUGAGCCAAAACGAUGAACCUCAGACUAAAAAAGCUACCUGCAUUCCGCACUAUUUCUGUGCUGAUACGCGACAUAGUUGUUGAUGGCUUUGUUUACUACAUGUGUUCUGUGUAGGAUCUGAAGGUUGAAAUAAAAAGCGACAGAAGUACAUAGGAUAUGACGACAAUGAAAUGUAGUGUUUUCUUUAAUGUCCUCUUAUUGUUUUAAGUAUUUAACAUUGAUACGUUAAGUUUGUAUAGAAAAAUCUCAUUUUUAUUUCUAUCCUAUGCUCAUUUUAUGUCUUAUUGAAAAUAAUAAUUUUUUUGAUAA